UGUAUUAUUCAAUAAAGUUGAAAUUUAUUACAUACUUUCGUAAUUUGUUAGAAUCAAAACUUCAUUUUCAAAUUAUUUAUUAUUUUUUAAAAUAAAUUCAAAGGUACUAUAAUAUUUCUUUAUUGGCUUACAUGAUGCUAAGCAAUUUGUCAUUUCCUAAUCUCGUUUCAACAGUAGGGACAUUAUUAUUUCGUAACAGUGUUCGAUAUGCGUCCAAAAAAUCCGGUACAAGUACAGCUAAUGUCGGUGGCCGAGUUCGUCCUAAACAUAGAGGUAUCAGGUACAACGAUGGCCUUGAAGUCCAAGCUGGCACCAUGUUAGUAUUGCAGAGGGAACUGAGAUUUCAUCCAGGUCUUCAUGUUGGUUUCGGGCGCAACGGCACAUUGUUUGCUUUGGAACAAGGUAAAGUAGUUGUUUCAUGUGAAAAGAUGGAUCCGAAUUGGAAUCAUACUUGGGUUCAAAGAUUUUAUAACCACCGCAAAGGACAGACAAUUUACAAAAAAUUCUUUAAUAUUAUACCAAAGCCACAACACAAUCGAUUUAAACUUGUUGAAUCCAUUUAGACUGUUGUUAAAAUUAAGAUUUUAGCCUAUGAAACCUAUUGCUGUAAUUUUUUUGUAGAAUUUUUUUUUAAUUAUAUUUAUAUGAAAUAAACAUAUAAUUAUUUAAUAUUUAUUAA